AUGAGAGAUCAAACGGCAGGCAGCAUCGGCGAAACGACCGCAAAGCCGGCUCAACGUGCGCGUUCCUCUGAGAGAAAAACUUCCGGGGCAGAAGUCAGCGAGGCUCCGCCUCGCGCCGUAAUUCCCCGAGUGAAGUGCACUCUGCAGAAUAGUAACUCCAACUCAACUCUGAAAGUGGGUGGCAUUCUUCUAACAUUUACGGUAGAGAGCUCUCCUCAGGAACGCGGAGGAGGGGUGGCGUGGAGACCAAGCGUGCGGGACUGCUCCGAGAUGGUGCAGCUGCCGAGUGGAGGCUACUGGCGCGCGGUUCUGGCCCUGGCCCGCAGCCCCAGGCUUUCGUUGGGGUACCGCUGGACCUCGGGCGGCCGAGAUCGCGCGCGGGAUCCCUUCGCCAGAGCGGGCGAGCCGGACAGAUUCGGGGGCGUCUCGGUGCGCCUGUCGCGGCUCGGCGCGCUGGACUGCCUGGACGCCGCCGCCUUCCAGAGGGGCUUGCAGGCAGCAAUACAGCAAUGGAGAUCAGAAGGUAGGAUAGCUGUAUGGCUGCACAUUCCCAUCCUACAGAGCCGAUUUAUUGCCCCUGCUGCUUCUCUGGGCUUCAGCUUUCACCACGCAGAAUCGGAUUCAUCAACGCUGACUUUGUGGCUGGCAGAAGGGUCGAGCAGAUUACCAGGAUAUGCUACACAUCAAGUAGGAGUUGCAGGAGCUGUAUUUGAUGAAAGUACUAGAAAAAUAUUGGUUGUUCAAGAUCGAAAUAAAUUGAAAAAUAUGUGGAAGUUUCCAGGGGGCCUGUCAGAGCCCGGAGAAGAUAUCGGAGACACAGCAGUUCGAGAAGUUUUUGAAGAAACUGGUAUAAAAUCAGAAUUCAGGUCCCUCCUUAGUAUUCGGCAACAGCACACCAAUCCUGGGACUUUUGGAAAGUCAGAUAUGUAUAUCAUCUGCCGCUUAAAGCCAUAUUCAUUCACCAUAAAUCCUUGCCAGCAUGAAUGCUUAAGAUGUGAGUGGAUGGAUCUCAAUGACUUGGUUAAGACUGAAAAUACAACUACUAUAACCAGGAGAGUUGCUAGGCUGCUGCUAUAUGGAUACCGAGAAGGAUUUGACAAGAUUGAUCUGACCAUGGAAGAAUUUCCAGCAGUUUACACAGGACUGUUUUAUAAACUCUAUCACAAGGAACUGCCAGAGAUUUACAAAACUGUGACAGGAAUGGAUUAAAUUCACAUUUACAUGUUUAAGUAAAUUGUGCAUGUAGAUUAAUGUAUGCCAUCUUAUAGGAAGUAGUAAAUAUUUGGGAUUGAUUGAAUAUCUGACUAAUUUUCUAUGAAGAAAAUCUGUAAAUGUGCACAUUUUAAAAGCCUUUUUUUAAAUAAAGCAAAUGUAUGAAAAAGAUUGUUACACUAGGGAAGCUUCACUGAAUAAUAGUAGAUGCUAUAUAAAGGGGGGAAUCUAUAUAUUUUCCAAGAAUUUUUGUUGUUUUUCUUUACUGAGG